ACCGUUGCAUAAAUAUAUAAUAAAUAUGUGAGACUUUAUUUACACACUGAUGUUUUGAAAUGUAUACUGUUUACUAAUAUUUUGCGAAGGGGUUAUUUUUUGAUCCUAAUUGUUAAUAAUUGUACUAAACUUUUUUUAUUAUUUAUAUGUAACUAUUUCAAAACAUACAUAUUAUAUGUAUGUUUUGAAAUGUACUUACAGUUGUACCUAUAGUUGUUAACGAAACACGUUACAAAAUUAAUGAAAUUUACUUAAUUAUAUGUACUUUUGAUUGACACAUAAUAUAUUAUAAUGUCGGAGGAAUGGCAACAAUACAUUCAAGAUUCUAGAACACAGUGCAAGUAUGGAAUAAAAUGUUAUCAAAAAAAUCCUGAACAUCAUAAACAAUAUAAACAUCCGCCUCAGUUAAAGCUUAAAGCAAAUAAGAAGCAAAGAAACAAUCGUUUUCAACCUUAUAAUAAAAUUAAAACUGCUCAAGAUGAAAGCAAUAACACAAUAGAAGAUGAAAAAAUUGAAGACAUUAAUAUCGAAAUUCAACCUUCAGCAUCCACAAUAAUUGAAAAUGUUAAUGAAGAUAUUUCGAAAUGCAAAGCUGUUGAUUCCGAUGUCAUUGUUUCUUAUUAUGAUAAAGAUGUAGAUCGCAGCAUUCUUAAAGAAUGCUUUUUAGUUGAAAUGCCACCAGAUUUUUACAAAUUUUAUGAGUGCCUUAAUAAAGAAUCAGAAUCUAUAGAAAAAUUACUAGCAAAUGUAAAUUUACAAUUAAUUGGCCCAUAUGAGUUAUUUUUGAAUAAACUACCAAUUUUGAAAGAUAAAAAUAUGUAUUUAAUUCACUGGAGAUUUUUUUAUGAUCCACCUGAAUUUCAGGCAAUAAUAAAAAAGAAAGGCAAAAGUGAAUUUCACAUUGGAUAUUAUAGAGAUGAUCCUAAAGAAAAACCAGUUUUCCUUGCCAGAAAUGAUAGCUCUGCAGAUUGUAUUAUCACUCCAAUUUCUGAGAACAUAUUUGGAGCGGUUUACUGGUUUUUGCAAAAUGAAAAGAAAACUUCACCAUUUAUUUCAAUAGCAUGUCAGAAAAUGAUGGAAAAGGUCAAGAAUUGGGCUGAGGAACACAAAUAUUCUUUAGAAGAAUUUAAUAUGAAGAAAAGAUUACCUCGUAUAGUCUGUCGAACAUUUCACAAUGCUGGCAUUGUGGUACCUUAUAAUAAGAAAACUCAACUAGGCUAUAGAAAAUUGGUUGAAAGUGAUGCAAAAAUAAAAAAAAUGUUUAAGCAACUAGCAGAAGCAACUUCUCAAGCUGAAAAAGACAAAGUACUUUCAGAGUUACAGCCAGUUUUAACUUAUGCAAGUAUAGCUAUGGACGAGUGUGACUUUGGAACCGGACUAGAGGCUGGCAUUGCUUUAUUCUGUUCGGGCUUAAAAGAACUUCAAACCAGUGCUUUAAAGAAUCUGGAAGUAGCUUAUUCUUUGUUACAAAGAGAAGAAUUUCAAAAAAUAAUUCAGAUGCACAUGAAGCAUCGCCGCAAGGGUCCAGAGAUGUCAGUGUUAAAUAUAUAAUUUUUCCUAAUAAAUAUAUCUUUUAGUGCAAAAUGCCUUUAAGACACCAUCUGAAUCAGUUGACUUAUUAUAUAGAGAAGAAAAAUAAAUUAUUCUUUAUA